AAAAAAUGUGACAUACCAUGUGCGCUGUAAAUCAACAAAUAAUAAAAUAAAGGUGUCAUCAGUUUUUUAAUUAUAAAAAGUGAAAAAUAAAAUAAAUAACAAAGAUGAAAAAUUGCGUUCUUUUAUAUAAUUUAAAGUAUGACAUAGGGGUAAAAAAUACGAAAUUAUUAACCGUUGACCCUGAUAACUCAGGAAGAAUAUUUAUUGCAACUAGAACUGCAAUUUAUAGCUUUAAUCAAGGCCAUCUUGACAAAAUUUAUGAACUUUCAAAAAUUGAAGAAGAAAUUGUGUCGUUCGAGUACUUAAGUCUCAGCAAUGAAAUAGUUUUUGCAACAAAAUGCGGCGUAGUGAAUUUGGUAAAUAUACAUCACAAAUUUAGUGAAGAGGUUACAUUUUGCGAAGGAGGUAUUGAAAAAAUGAGUUGGAGUCCUGAUCAAGAGAUUGUAACUUUUGUAACAAAAUCAAAGUCGCUUGUAGUAAUGUCAAGUAGUUAUGAUCCAAUAUCAGAGACAGUUUUGGAUGAUAUGAGUUCAUUUGGUGAUGGUGAAUUUAUUACAGUCGGAUGGGGUAAAAAAGAAACACAAUUUCAUGGAUCCGUAGGAAAACAAGCAGCAAAAGAAAAAAAGUUAUUUAUUGAACCAAGUAAUAUUGAACAAUUGCCUCAAGAUAUAAAUAUUUCGUGGAGAGCCGAUGGCGAACUAUUUGCAGUAUCUUUUGUAGGAGUGUAUGGAAGGAUGUUUAAAGUUUUUAAUAGGGAAGGAAUGUUACAAUACACUUCUGAAAAAGCAAAUGACUUAGGGGAAUGCAUAUCAUGGAGGCCUUCAGGAAAUUGGAUAUGUGUACCACAUAAGCUUCCAAAUAAAUAUACUAUAGGUCUUUUUGAAAAAAACGGACUUAGACAUCGCGAAUUAGUGCUUCCCUUCCAACAAAUAGAAGAAAACGUCAAAUAUAUAACAUGGAGUACAGAUUCUGAAAUUUUAACAAUCGAAACUGAACAAGAUGAUAAGUCAAACAUUUACCUUUACACUAUUUGCAAUUAUCACUGGUAUUUAAAAAAUUCUCUAAAUUUUACAAAAAAAAUAUGUUUUAUGUCGUGGGAUUGUGGGAUUCAGCAAAAUAAAAAAUUGCAUAUAUUAAUGGAAGACGGAGAAUAUAUUAUUUAUAGAUGGCAUUUUUCUGUUCAAUAUUCUCAUGGUGAAACGGAAAGAAAUCAAGCCGUAGUAGCAGUAAUUGAUGGAAAAAAUUUAUUGCUGACAGAUUUUCGAAAUCGGAUUGUACCACCACCAAUGUCAAGUUACAAAUAUGAACAUUCCUCAAAUUUGAAUGUGUGUGGUUUUCUUAAUUUUUCAGUAGACUCCGAAAAUGAUUUAAAUAAGCUUUAUGUAGUUGAUGCACAAAAUAGUAUUUUAUUUUUCCACAUAAAAUUUGAGAAAACUUCACAUACAACCGUUAUAAAAUCAUUGGAGCUGAUAUCUUCACAAAAAUUUGAUAAUAAUUUAUUAAAAAAUGCUCACCAGUUUGCAUGGCUUAAUGAAAACCAAGUAAUCUUUUGCACAUCAGACAAAGGAAAUAGUGUGGUAAAUUUAAUAAAUUUAAAUGAUAACUUGCAAACAAUACAAAAACAUCAAACAAAUGGAAUUAUUGGAAAUCUUGCGGUUAUCAAUAAAAGCGAAUUUUUGGUGAAUUUUUUGGAUGGCGAAACGCAAAUCUACAACGUGAGCAAUUGUAAUCUAGAAAAUUCUUUAUUCAUGAAUGAAGGUACAUACUGUGAAAAAAUUGAAUGUGCUGUUAAGCAAGAAGAAAUUAAACUAAUAGGUUUAAAUGAUAGCAAUAAUUUAUAUAUUAAUGGAAUUAAAAUAUCAGAAAAUGUAACUUCAUUUAUUCCUUCGGAAAAUUAUUUGGUGUUUACCCAACUAAAUUGUAUAAAAUUUCUUCGUUAUGAUUUGAAUAAGGUUGUUGAAGAACGGAAGAUCGAAAGAGGCGGAAAAUUGAUAACUAUUGUCUCUUGUGACUCAAGAACAGUUCUUCAAAUGCCUAGAGGAAAUUUAGAAGUUAUUAGCCCAAGAACGCUGUCUUUGGAGAUAGUUAAAAAGUACUUGAAUUCUCUUCAAUAUUUUAAAGCGUUCGACUUUUUGCGUAAACAAAGGAUCAACUUAAAUAUAAUAUUUGACCAUAAUCCUCAAAAAUUUACGGAAAAUAUUGACAUAUUUUUAAAUGAAAUUGUUAGUGAAAAUUGGUUAAAUUUGUUUAUAUCAGAUUUACAAAAUGAAGAUUGCACAAAAACAAUGUAUUCUGGUAACUAUAUUGAGGCAGAAAAAUGUUACCUAGAAAAUUAUAAGGUAGAAGAGAAAGUAAGAUUUGUCUGUGAAAAAUUGAAUCAAAAGAUGGAAACGCGAAAUUCUUUAAAUUAUUUACUUCCGAUUGUCACCACAUAUGUGAAAAUUGGAAAUUUAGAAAAGUGUUUGCAAAUUAUAUGGAAUGAAAAAAAACAAGAAGCUGAAUUGAACGAACAAAAUGUUUCCCCUGCAAAAAAUUUGUCCGAAAAGGCGUUAAAAUAUCUAUUAUAUUUGGUUGACGUAAAUGAAUUAUAUAAUGUAGCUUUAGGUAUGUACGAUUUCAGUUUAGUUCUUUACAUAGCGACAAAAUCACAAAAGGAUCCAAAAGAAUAUAUUCCAUUCUUGAAUGAAUUAAAAAAACACGAAGAAAAUUAUAGAAAGUUUAAAAUCGAUUUGCAUUUAAAGAGAUAUGAAAGUGCUUUGGUUCACGUUGCACAAUGCCAAGAUUCAGAAAAAUUUGAGGAAGCUAUAGAAUUCAUUGUAGAAAAGAAGUUGUAUCAGAAGGCAUUGCAGGUUUAUGAAAAUAAUUUAAAUUAUUAUAAAAGAAUUUGCAAAGCAUUUGCUGACUAUUUACGGACUCAAGGAAAAUUAAAUAAUGCAAGUAUUAUGUAUGAAAGGGCAGGUGAUAUGCAACAAGCAAUAUUAAGUGCAAAACAUGUCAAUGAUUGGAAACGAUGUAUAUUAUUAACAAAAACUUUGCAUAAAGGCGAUGAAGAUCAACUAAAAUGUAUUGCCCUUUCGCUCGCAGUUUCUUUAGAAGAAGCAGGUGAUUAUAAUGAUGCUUUUUAUAUUUUGAAAAACUUCGUUAAGGAUGAUGAAAAAGCUAUAAACUGCUUAUUAAAUGGAAAGUUAUUCAACAAAGCAUUAUAUGAAGCGAAAAUUAUUUCAAGCAUACCAUUAGAAAAUCAAAUUGUUUCUUCAAUUUUACACUACUAUGAAGCAAUUACAAGUACUAUUCAAACAGACCACGAAACAUUCUUAAACUAUAGAAAUCGUUUAGUAGUUGUUCGUAAGUUAAAAUCUGAAAAAGAUAAUUUAAAUUAUAUUGAAAAUGAUAUUGAUGAAUGUGAUCUGCUGUCUGAUACAACAAGCUUACAUUCAUCUUCACAUACAAGGAGUUCAAAAGGCACAGGUAAAACUUUUAGAUCUAGUAAAAAUAGAAGGAAACAUGAAAGAAAGCUGUUGAGUCUAAAAGAAGGCAACCCUUUCGAAGAUGUUGCUUUAAUUGAUGCCAUUCAUAACUUAUUAACCAAAAUAAUAAAUCAACAAGCUCAUAUACGUGAUAUUUGUCAAUCCUUGAUUGAAAUCGGAAAGGAUAACUUAGGAAGACAUCUGCAAAAAAUAUUUAAAAAUUUAUUACAGUUAAUAAAAGAAUCGUUAGAAAUAAUUUGGAUUCCUGAAAUGGAAACAAAUGCACCACUGUUGACUGGAAUCAAUAUAGAUUAUGUUCAGUAUCAAAAUGCUCAACAUUAUGCAUUGUUAACUCCUUUAAAACGAUUUAAACCUGAACUUAACAUUAUUGAUUGGGAGCAUGAUAUUUUACUUUAACGAGGUUAGAUUGAAGAAAAUAUAUGUAAAUUAAAUAAACAAUUAUUUUGUAAUUGAUUUUUAUUAAAAUUAUUAUAUAA